UGCUCACCUCCGAGGGGAGAGACCAUCAAGGGGCGGAGAGCCCUGGCCUGGGGGCCUAAGGGAGGGGAACAGUCUCGCCUGACUCAAACCCUGUGACCUUGAAUCUUGAAUUGGGCCCUGAUCUUCUCGUGUCAUGAAGCUGCUAGACUGGUUUCUGUGAACCCUGGAAUCUGAGUGGCUGCUCUUUGGGCAUCUGAGUUCAGGAUCACUUGUCUGCCUUUUCUGUCCUCAGUGCAACCCUUUCCACACCAGUUCCUCGUCCUCCUCCUUUCCACAUCAGCCUCCCGCUGCCAGGCCACAUCCGGAACCAGCUUAUCAACCACAUCUGCUUUGAUUCUCCAACCAAGACCUCUUGUACUUCCAGCAACUCUGGUCACUUCCACCUCAUUUGUCUUUCAGCAUCUUCCAGACUCCAGUCCAUGGCCCUCUGCUUUCUCCCUGCCUAUCAGCCUGCUUCUCCCCGAUCCUGUCCAGUCUGUGGUCGGUUGCCUCAGCCAGUCUCUUGAAGAAUCCUCCAUAUGCCCUUGUCCUGCUGUCUCUCCAUCCCUCCCACCUGAUGGAACCCCAGUCAGUCCACCUACACCCAGGUGCUGAAGAAAUGGUGACCAGCCCCAGACGUUGAGGAGUUCAACUGGCAGACCCCUCCAGAGCAGAGGAAGGGGUGAUCCUGGCACCUUGGCCCCGUGGUCUCCUCGGGAAUGAAGAUCAUUGGCGUUCUCGUGAUCUUCGCCUCCUGCUUGAUCGCCCCCACCCACAGCAGCUUCUGGCAAUUUCAAAGGAUGGUCAAACACAUCACAGGGCGGAGUGCCUUCUUCUCAUAUUACGGAUAUGGCUGCUACUGUGGGCUUGGGGGCAAAGGGACCCCCGUGGACGACACUGACAGGUGCUGCCUGGCGCAUGACUGCUGCUAUGAGAAGCUGAAGCAGCUGGGCUGCCAGCCGGUGCUGAACACCUACCAGUUCCACCUCGUCAAUGGGACCGUGGCCUGUGAAUGUACCCUCGGUCCUGGUGUCGGCUGCCUCUGUGGGCUGAGGGCCUGCGAGUGCGACAAGCGAUCUGCAUACUGCUUCAAAGAGAGCCUGCCCACCUACGAGAAAAACUUCAAGCAGUUCUCCAGCCGGCCGCGGUGUGGCAGGCGUAAGCUCCAGUGCUAGGGAGGCCACAGGGCCCCCUUGUCGGUCACACCUGCUCCAGCAUCUUCCAGGAAGCCUCUUACAUCAUUUCCACCAGGCUCCAGUUCUUGCAGCUCACCUUUCAGCAUCCGGCCUAGGGUACUCCUCCGUCCCUCGGCAUCGGAGGGCUGGAGAUUAGCAAUGGAAAAAACAAAAUCCUGGCAUUCUCUGGAGGGAGACUGACCAUAAAUAUACACCCAAAUAAAUGAUACAUUCCACCAGUAAUAUAUGCUAGGAAGCAAUCAAACAAGGUGAUAGGGUAGAGAGAUGUCCCCAGCUUGAAUCCUAGGAAGUUUCCAGGAGGAGAGAGGCCCCAGGAUCUACCCUACACUCUCCCUCCACCCCACCCCCAAAUCAGGAUGCAGGACGCACUUGGGAACCAGGCCCAUGACCCAGAUUUAGCUCAGACUCAGGCAGACAUCCCGGAGAACAAGGUCUCGGCACCCGUGCCAAGGACCCAGGAGGCUCUCUUGCAGUUUGCUUCUCAUUUUCUCAAGUUCUGCCUUCUGAAAACCCUCAGGUAGGAGAAAACUGAUGCCAUUUUCACCUCUCAGGAGACAGAGCAUCAUGAAAACCUCAACACCCGCUGCCGCCAUGUGGAUGUCCUGGCCGGGAAGACGUCAAAGAAAUGGAGAAAGAGGGCGUGGGAGAGGGCACCAGAGGGAUCCAAAAUGUCUGUCCAAAUCUAGAAGCUCCUGUUUCUAUCAGACUUAAAUUCGAAUAAAUAUUAAAGUGAUCCAA